AUGGCUAACAACUUGCAGCGCGAGAGGUCUCGUUCUCCACGUCGUCGUUCCCGUAGUCCACGUCGCAGUCGUCGUUCCUACUCUCCUCGUAGUCGGUCCCGUAGUCGUGAAGACUACCGUCGCAACGAUCGUCGAUCCAGAACUCCUGUAGGCGGUGCAGCUGGUGCUUCUGGCGGACAUUCAAGCUCCGGAUACGGUGGACGUGGUGCUUCUUCUCGUUCUUUCGAGGAUCGUUCUUUUGCCAAGGAACAAAUGAUGCAAUCAGUGCGCGAAUCUUCCCAACAAGACCGCCGGGUCUAUGUUGGCAAUUUGUCAUACGAUGUCAAAUGGCAUCACCUUAAAGAUUUUAUGAGACAGGGUAAGCGAGCCUUACGACCAAGGAAGGACUGCGUGCUGGAGAGGUCCUCUUUGCCGAUGUUUUACUACUUCCCAAUGGAAUGUCGAAGGAUUGUGGAAUACGCAUCGAGGGAGCAAGCUCAAAAUGCUGUAGCGACGCUCAGUAACCAAACUCUCAUGGGUAGACUUGUUUACGUUCGCGAGGACCGUGAGGCAGAACCCCGCUUCACUGGCCAACCUGCCCGUAAUGAUUUCGGAGGCCCUGGACGCGGAGGCUAUGGAGGCUAUGCCUCAGGCCCUGGUACUGGUGGUGGCCGACAAAUCUAUGUCUCCAACCUCCCAUUCAAUGUAGGCUGGCAGGACUUGAAGGAUCUAUUCCGCCAAGCUGCGCAACACGGUGCUGUUGUCCGUGCCGAUGUGCAUGUUGAUCCCAGUGGCCGCCCAAAGGGUUCCGGCAUUGUCGCAUUUGAAAGUGCAGAUGACGCGCGAAAUGCUAUCCAACAGUUCAAUGGAUAUGAUUGGCAGGGUCGAACACUGGAAGUUCGCGAAGACCGUUAUGCGGGAUCGGGCCCUGGCUUCGCUGGACGUGGCGGGUUUGGUGGAGCUCCCGCUCGUGGUGGCUUCAUGGGCGGCCGUGGCGGGUUUGGUGGUGGCCGUGGUGGAUUUGGUGGUGGGUACGGUGGUGGAAGAGGCGGUUUUGGAGGCGGGUACGGUGGUGGUCACAGUGCUGGCCCAGUGGAAGGAUCAGUUCCUCCAAAUCCAUUCACGGAUUUUGCAACUUCUGGUGGAGAGAGGAGUGCAACCAUCUAUGUCCGCAAUCUUCCUUGGUCGACCUGCAAUGAGGAUCUAGUUGACCUCUUUUCGACAAUUGGUAAAGUUGAAAAGGCCGAGAUUCAGUAUGAGCCUAAUGGACGCUCCAGAGGAACUGGAACAAAUUCACAGGGUAUCAGUAUGGUGGUCGCCCUCUAG